CGUCACUGACGUCAACAAUUACUCCGGCUUUCGGUUUAUUUCAUUGUAAAUAGGAUUUUUGCGAAUUAAAAUGUUUACCCUGUGGACUCUGAUCGAAGCCUCACUUCUGUGCUUGAAUGCAGUAUGUAUUUUGCACGAGGAACGCUUCCUGGCCAAAUUUGGCUGGGGAAGACAAGCUGGACAGCAAGAUUUUGGGGCUCCCACGGCCAAGGAUCAGGUACUGAAUCUCAUCCGCUCCAUACGCACAGUGGCCAAAAUUCCCCUGAUAUUCCUUAACAUAAUUGCUAUUGUAUUUAAGCUAUUACUUGGUUAAUAUAUAACCUAGUGAAAUAAAUGUACCGUAAAGCCUUUUUAA